CGCCGCGGCGGCUGCGCGGCCGCGCUGCGGCGCCGCCGAUGCUGUCGGUGCCGGUGCCGGUGUCGGGCGCGGGGGCGGCGCGGGGUCCGAGCUCCCUGCCCCGGCGGCGCACCAUGUGCAGCGGCGUCGGCUGCUUCUGGGCGCUGCUCUCCGCGGGGCUCCUGGCCGCCUGCGCCGCCGCCUUCCUCUCCCCGGCCUGGCUGCUGCCUCCCGGCCGAGCCGCCGCCGGCUUCGGUUUGCUGUGGCGCUGCUCCGGGCCGCCCCGCGGCUGCCACGGCUCCGCCGGUCCCGGCGGCUUCGGAGACAUCCCGUCCGGCUCCUGGCAGACGAGCGCCGUGCUGUGUGCGGGUGGCUGUGCCCUGCUGGCCCUCAGCUCCCUGCUGGCCAUCGUCGCCAUCCUGCUGCCCAGCGGAGCCUGUGAGAGGAAAGUCUGCACCCUGGCCGGCUACAUGCAGACAGCAGCAGUGUUCAUAAUGGCUUCUGGGCUUUUGGUUUACCCUUUUGGUUUCAACUCUGCUACUGUGAAGAGAUUCUGUGAGAAUUCAGACAUCUACUAUGCAGGAGACUGCCAGAUUGGAUGGGGGUAUAUGCUGGCAAUUGUGGGGGUCAUGUUGUCUGUCUUUUUACCAUUCUUUGCAAAAUAUGCACCAAAAGAGCACAUAUCUCCAACUCCAAUACCUACUAUUUUAUAGUAUUUUAUUACUGUUUAAGAACAGAACAUUCCUGUCUACAAGCAAUGGGCAGCAGUUAUUAUAGCACUUCCAUUUAGCUGUAUUGCUAAAGAGAAAAACUGAAAGAAAAAAAAAAAAAAGAAAAGAAAAGAAAAAAAAAGAAGAAAAAAAAGGAGAUGGGGAGAGAAGGUCAGAUUCACAAAGACCAAAAGUGCAUUGAUAGUCUUCCGUACACACGAGUAGCAAAUGCUCUGGAAUUAAACUAAGAUGAAUCAGCAGCCUUUGUACUGCUCUGAACACACAGCGUCAGGCCUGAGACAAAAACUAAUAUCUGUUUAUCCUCAAAACAUCUGUCUACCUCCCAGGCUGUUUCUUUUGUGUCUCUAAACCUUAAGACUUUUAAAAGCUUCAAUCCACUUUUUAUAUAUUUUAGAUGUGAAAACUUUUGUGAUCCCAAUAAUUUUAAAACCAAUGACAAUAUUUUGUUAUAAUUAUUUUGGUUAAUUAAAAAUAAAAAAAAAAAGCCUACUAGUAGCCAUGGCCUACAAUUAAGCCUGAUAACUAAAAGUGUGUAACAGAAAAAUUUUCUUUUUAAUCUCUGUGUAUUAGUAGUACCUCCAUAUUGUCAGUUGUCAGACACUUUCAUUCUGAUCUAAUCCUCAAGAUUUACAGUCAUGUUCAUGAAGAUCACACAGAGAGAGAUGUAGCUGCAUCCAAAGGCUCAUGAUGAUGUAACAGGUUAAGAAGAAAAAAUGCUUCUUUUUCCCAUGUUUCUUCAAUUCUCAUUUUAAGUGGAAUUUCACCAAAUGAUUUGAACUAUGACAGCUGUAGGUUUGUUGUUGCUGCUCUUUAAGGCAAUAAACAACAAUCUCCAUUUGCAAAAAGUAUGUGCCCUAUAGCCCAUAUGUGUAAUGGCAGAACAAGCCAGAAUUAACCAGUUUCUAAUAUAUCCAAUUCUUUUAAGAUCCUGCUAUUGUAACACACAUACAUAUGAAGUGUUACUGCAUAGUACUAAGAAGAAGAAUCCAGUUCCACAUCAGAACCAGCACAUGGCCAUUGUUCAUGGGCUCAUGUGGGAAAUCCAUCUAAUCUCCUCACUAGCAUUGGAUUCAUUACUAUCAAAGAUUGAAGUAAGUGCACUUGAUUCCUCAAGGAAGGGAAACAUUGGGUUCCAAGCUCUCCCCAUUGUUAUGUGUUGCAUUUUAAAAAAUUUGAAUUCUAAUCUUAUAUUUUAUUUUGUAUUAUUUAUUAACAAGCACAUAGAUUAUAUUUAAUUCAGAGCCGUACUUCUCAGUUCUGCAUUUUGGCACAACCUAAGUGAUCAGGUUCCUUACUCUUCACUUAUCUGAGCCCAACUAAUUCCAGAAGUUAGUGUUGUUUUUAUGUUGUUCUUCUAAUGGAAAGUGUACAUGAAGGAACAGACAGAGACACGUUGAGGAUGUGUAAGAAAAUGCAAACAGAUAGAACAAUCACUGUGUAAUUUUAAUACGUCAAAGACUUCUACAGUCUGGUGGUUUACAUUCCUCACACUUCUGAACUUCAAUGGACUGUUGCACUGUUUUACCUAAAUAAUGAUCUGUUAUGUUUUCAUGCACUCCAAAAGCAAAUUCUGCACACGAAAUAAGCUUCAUCAGUAAUCUUUAGAAAUACAGAUUUCAUAGUAGAAUUAAGGACAAUAAGAACUGAGAGUGAAAUACUGCGUUUUUGCUCUCAGUGAAUAAGAGAUGACAUCCUCCAAAUACUUCACAAAUUAGAUUGAAGGAAUGUCAAAAAUAAGCAGAAUUGAUUUCCAUCAUUUCUGUAUAGUAGCAUGCUUCCCAGUAACAUCUUUUAAAUGAAAAGCUAAAACAGACCAUUUUUGUAUAAAAGGCAGAAAAGUGAGGAAUAACAACCAACAAGUGAAAUGAAAUUGAUAACCACAAAGUAGAGAGAGACAGAGAUGCAGGCUUUUCUUUCCUAACCAAUCUGUGCCUUUACUCUAGAACCAUUAGACAAGACAGGAUCAAUAUGGUUAAAAAGAAUCAACAUCUGAAACGUGUGAUGUGUAUAAACUGUAUUACGUAGGGUUUUUUCUGUUUUGUGUAAUGUUUGAGGCUGUCACUUAAUGUUCCACUAGAAAAGUGAUUUGUUAGUGUGCAAAAAAAAUUGCAAGGACCUAAACACCAAAAGUAAAAUGUUAUAUUUUUCUUAACAUCCAUGCCAUACCUGCCGAACACAAACAAUCAGUUCCUGUCAUUGCUUAUUAACUUUAACAUAUGCAGAACUGGAACCAUUAUUCAACCAAAAUUGCUAAGGACUACAGCACUUGUGUGAUGCUGAACACACACACACACACACACACUCACACUUGCAAUUCUGGCCCCACUGCUCAAACUUCCUUUGUAAUUUUUAUAACUUACUGUUUUAAUGGAGUUCUACAAUUUACAACACUGCUGUACCAUGUCUUUUACUUCUUUAAACUCAGCCCCUUUUGUUGUGAGAGCUGUCAGGCUCUAUUUCCUACUAUGAACCAAACUAAUGCCUCCAUUUAGAAAUUUUAUUAAUAUUUUACCAUAUAUUAAAGAAAUUGAGCAUAUGUAAAUGACCCCCAUAACCGGAUAGGCAAAACCUUCCUUUGAACAUCCAUGCUCAGAACCAGCUUGGCACAGAAGAUGGAGAUAAAGCAAAGGAUUCUUAGCACAGUUAGUCAAGCAUAUGCUUUAGCUCCUCAAAGUGACAGCUUUGGUAGGGUGUUGCUAACAAUACAUAUGCUAACACUGACAGAUCACUUUUUAAAAUAAAGGCUGUCUGCGAGUUGAACUGUGUAAAGCGUUUUCUUGUUAAAAGUCAAACAAUUUAUGGGAUCAGGUUCAAGUUUUAUUCUAAAUAUAUAAUUUUCUAAGUGUAACUAAAAGCUGUAUUUUCCAUUAA